AUGCCAGAACAGCAGAAAGAGGUGGCAGAUGUGUACAUGUCCCGUACAGUGGCGGACCUGGAGGCCAAGCUGAAGACGAUGAAAAAGAUGGCGAUGCUGCAGACGGCAGAGACCAAGGCCACCAUUGCCGGGUUGGAGGAGAAGCUGGCUAUGGCGGAGGAGCAGUCCGCGGAGAGCCAAGGAGAGCUGGAAGUGUCCGAGGAGCAUGCCAAGGACCUCGAGAAGCAGCUGAUGAAGGAGAUGGCGAGAAGGAGGAAGGCGGAGGAGCAGCUGCAACCUGCGCCUGUGUCCUUCCUGCAGGUUGACUCGGAAGAUGAUUUAGCCGCAGUGCAGAAGGAGCUGGCAGAGGUGAAAGCGAAGAUCCAGGAGGAGCAGAAGGAGGGCCAGAACUCCAACCGCCAUCUGCUGGAGGAGUCCAGGGAGCUGGUGGCCUCCCAGCGGCGCUUGAGCCAGCUCCGAGAGCAUGCCAAGCGUCUGGAGCGUGAGGCUAAGAGCAAGGACGGUGCGCUUUUGGCAGCAGAGAAGAAGCUGAGUGGGGAGCAUGCAGCCCAAGCAGGUGCCCGGAACGCCAACAAGCCGCAGGCUCUUGCCAUGGCCAGGAAGAUCGGUGCCGCGCGGCAGGAGGUGCGGCAGCUGAAGGCGGAUCGCCAGGAGCUGUUGGAGAAGCUGCGGUCUCAGCAGGAGGCCCUGGACAAGGUCAGCCUGGACAUCAAGCGACACUCAGACAGUGUGGCAGCCUUGAAAGAGCGCAGCAAGAACCUGGAGGAGAUGAUGGCGAACAUGGACAAGGCCGACGAGAAGCAGCUCCAGAAGGCCACCAGCGAGUCCCAGCGGAUCCAGUCCUUCUUCGCGUCCAUGGACAAGGAGCUUCAGAAGGCCCGGGCGCGCAAGGCGGAGCUGGAGCAAAGGGCCGGAGCUCCCAGACUCGCCUUGCGCCAGUGCCGGUGCCAGAGCGUUGCUCGGGCACAGCCAAGGAAGCGGGUGGGGGGGAAAGGCUGGUAG